CGCCUGCUCUGUCCGUCGCAGUCUGAGCACCGGCUCUUGCAGUCCUCUUGUUCCCCCCAUCGUCUCGCUGCUGCCACAUUGCUGUUUAACAGCUAGCGUUCCGUUUCCGUCAAGCUUACUGACUCGCCCGCCCUCUUCCAUUCGCGGUAACGCGCUUUUUUGAGGAGUUUGGUGCAGUUACAAGCUUGUUGCGGUGCUUGCAAGUGUUUUGUGUCUGUGUGGGAGUAGUUGGAAGGCGGCGUAGGCAGCGCGGUAGAUUGCAGUGGUUUUCUGAGGACGAUUUCUUGUAUAGAAUCGGGAGAGAGGUAAGGCUCCUUGGUCUUCCUGGGGAACUCAUUUGAGCAGUUGAAGGGUAACAGUGGCCGGUGAGAAGUUAAACGGGCCCAGGUAGUUGGUGCCACAGUGAAGCGCAAUGCCUGUCGAUAAUGGGAGCCUCGUGGUUCUCAAGAGAGGCUACAGGCCACCUGGAGGAGAGUCUACAGUCCAACUUACUUGGUCCGAUAAUCCUGAGGUUCCGCGUUCUCCAGUGCCUGUAAUGCGUCACAAUGCUAUUGGUGAUUGCCAUGGAAUGAUUAUGUCUAGCGAGGAAAGUCCUGUUGGCCGACCUACCAUCCGCAUGCACCAGCCUGCAGGUGGAGUGAGCACAAUAAAGUUUAGCGAGACUGUGACUGCUGAAGAAGUCGAAGCACUAUUGAAGAGUCGGCCUGCUUCGGACUUAAAGAAAAGAGAAAUGCAUGGAAGUGGCAUUUUCAAUGGAACAGGCGCUGCUAAUGGCGAACCUAAAGGUGCCGACAGAACUGCUGUGCGCAUGCACCAGCCAGCUGGUGGAGUCAGCCAAAUAACAUUCGGUAGCGAGGAGAGCGCAUCACCUAAGAAGCCAGUGACUAUCCCAGAGGUAGCAAAACAGAGGGAGCUUAGUGGCACGCGCGAGACCACAGACGAUAUUCACGCCAGACGAGGAAGCUUUUCAAAUGCGAAAGCGAAGGAGUUGACGGGUAGCAACAUCUUUGGACCUCCCCCGCCAGACCAGCCGAAGAAUAACCGGUCAUUUGAAAUGAGAGAAGAGUCAAAGACCAAUCAGGACCAACCACAACCACGAAGCUUGCAUACGUCAGUGAGGAUUUCCAAUCCUGCUGGAGGGCGGAGCCAGAUAUCCUUUGGCGCAGAUGAGGAGAUUGAUAAUGUCACUCACAAACUUUCGGGGCUGAAGUGUGCGGAGCUUUCUGGACAUGAUAUCUUCAGUGAUGCGAAUAAUGUACCUAAUGCCAAGCCCCAUCACCAUCAUUUGAGCGAGGCCAAGCUCAAGGAGAUAGCUGGUCAUGACAUCUUUUCAGAUGACAAACCUAGAGCCCGGGAUGUCCUGGGUGGCAUUAAAAAACCACCUGGCGGUGCUAGCUCCAUUGCUCUGGUCUGAAGUUCUACUCCUUUUCUGCGUACCCUGAAGGGGUCGUGAAUGUGUCUGGGUCACCACGGGUUGCAUGGCCGUGAUGAAACGGUUGUGAAUUAUCUAUCCUGUUGAGGUUGUCUAGGUGUAGCAGGAAGGCAAGGGGCACCUUGAUAUUGCAAGCUUCAAAUUUGCAAGAUUGACUGAGAGCUCGCUCUUUUAUGAGCUGGACUAGGCAUUUUGUAAUUAUUGUUCUCUUAUGUUUAUUAAACUUCAUGUAUGGUGUGCUUCAGUAUUCAGAGAACCUCAGCGCUCCUGAUUACCUGCACUCAGCAAGCUAAUCGGAUAAUCGUUUCAAUUUGAAUGCUUCAGUUCUGUCACGCAGCUGGAGUCGAA